AAGUCAGCAGAAAACCGUCAGAAACCCUAGUAAAAACAUUAUUUUUAUAUGUUGGUGAAACAAUAAAGAAUUCUCAAGCGGCCAAUUGGUGUUUUGGUUUUUUCGUCCGUUAUUACUUAGCGUUUCUGAGAAACUUCAAGCGACAGCGUGAGCCCGAGCGUAGCAAGAGCUGGGCAUUAACGGUUUACGAGACGUGGCUGACAGUUUCUGACGGAGAAGUCAGUUUUCGACGGGUUUGGACCGCUGGUGACAGUUUGGAUAGUCACCGUUCAUCUUUUCUGGUGCCGGUGAAGUCCUCUUUGAACAAGCAAUAUCUGGAACGUUUUUGGAAUUGGGUCAAGUUCAACAAUGCCUGGGUCAAAGAAGGGACAGAGCGUCUUGGAUGCAAACAGGAAAGUAAGUCAUGGUGACUUGUCUGUUACUUGUAACGAUGUGUCUGAUGUUAAGCAUGAUAUGGUUGAUGUUACUGUUUCGCCGUUCAGGGGUAAUAGGAACAUAAAACUCCCUAAAUUUGAACCACGGUGUUUCGAUGGAAACCCGGCUGAUUAUUUACAAUUUGUAAAGGAGUUUGAGACCAUGUUGAGUAGUUUUCUAUUAAGUGAUGAAUUGAAGUUAAUGUAUUUGAUGAGAUAUUGCACUGGAGGUGCUGCAAGAGCUAUACAGUGCUGUAAGUUUAUGAAUCCAAAAGAGGGCUACUACGAGGCUAUGAGCAUAUUACGUCAAAGGUUUGGAAGACCUUCGAUGAUUGUAAGGAACUUAUACGAAGCUGUCAAAUGUAACGGCAGUCAACUUCAAGAUGACUCCAAGGCACCUACUGAGUUUUUAGAUAAUCUUAUGACUUAUAAGAAUACCUUGAUUUCGAUGAAUCGCAUGAAUGACCUCAACUCGAGUUUUAUACUAGAAGUAAUAGCAAGACGCCUACCUACUCGACUGCAAAGGAAGUGGGUGAAGAUAAGCUCCCGUAUGGAGGAUGAGGGUAUCGAGCCAAAGUUUGAUGAUAUUCUGAAACUGGUAAAUACUAGUGUCAAUCAAUCGAUGAGCAAGUUUGCCAGUAUAUUGAAUCUCACCCAUAGAAUAGAGCAGUCUGAGGGUAAAACGCAAUCAUUGAUGACGAAUAGGCCUCAGAGAGGUGGAUAUCGAGAAGACUCCAUGAUAUCUAGUAAUGCAUAUAGAUCUAGUGAGUGUAACAGGUUUCGUAGUACAUCGUCAACAGAUAAGUUGCAUGAUGCAAGACAAACACGAUUGUGUCUUACACGUUUGCAAGAGGUGCAUACAAAGGUGAGCUGUGAACCAGUGAGCAAGUUCAGGGAUAAGCUAAAUGUGAAAUCAACGUCUGACUCCGAAUUGUGUGACGAUAACGGUGCGGUCAAGAAGUCUGUAGUUGCAACUGGUAAGCCAUUGUUGAAUAUAGUUUCACAGCACAGAGUUAUUGCUUUAGAGUCCAGUUCUGACUCCACAAGUUUACAAGGUAUUACUAGUCAGAGUGAAGUUAUAAAGCCUUUUAAGAUUUGCGAGGAGGAACCAAAAUUGUCUACUUCUGUUAUUAAAGAGUUUGAAAUUGAUGAAGUCGACCAGAUAGAUGAUGAUAAAUUGAAUAUUCCGGAUAAUGAUCAUGAUACUUCACAUUUGUCUUUGGUUGAUCAUGAUGAGAUGAGAGAUAUGCCUACUACUGCUGAGUUGAACAAAAGUUCUGUACAACUUGAACGUGAAGUGGAAAUAAAUGCAGAUGCAGUUGCAGAAGGCAUGCAUACUUGUCAGACCGUCAGUGUGAGUGAUCAGCGCGUAGCCCACCUAUCAUUAGAUGCUAGUGUUAAACCUGAGCUGAUAGUAAAAGACAGCAGUGGUGGUGGUCUUGCAGGUAGACAAAUUUCUGAAAGUCGAGCAACAACAGCUUCUGAUCCACCGCUAACUUCAUCAACUGGUAUCAAUCGGUCAUCGUUGGUGUUGUCAUCCACAAUGAAACUGUCGCCCAUCAACUCAAGUAUCUUGUGCAAUGACUAUGAUAGUAUUGGUGCAUUCGAAAGGACGAAAGAUGUUGCUCUGUUUAGAGAGGAUAAGCCAAGUGUAAACGAAAGAGUAAUUGUUAAAUUGACUUGCAUGAAUAAAGGAAUUUCUAGUUUCAAGUUACUAUUUGAAUGCUAUCAUCUUUGGUGUAAAUUACUCUGUGCCUACGCUUGGUUGACCAGAUACUUCGUGUGUUUGUUCGUCAUCUAUGUUCUACGAUACAAUGACAUGAGCGUGUUAUCGUUCAGAUUUGAGGAUAUAGCUGAUAGAAGGAAGUCAGCAAAUGAACUCUGCGAUGAUUUUCCAACCUAGAGCGUCAACCUGAGAAGGGUUGUAGGCGUACUGCUGUAAGUCCUACAGUUCUUCAAGGGUAGUUUUUCGUGCCAGAAUCCCCAUCAUUUGAUGUGUUGAUUGUACAUAUGUUUGUGUUUGAUAAUUUUGUGAGUUCCAAUUGAUGUAAUUGUUGGUUAAUCUUGUUUGUGUCCGGAUAUUCCACAACUUACAAUCGUCAACCUGAGAAGGGUUGUAGGUGUACUGGUGUAAGUACUGUGAUUCUUCAAAGGAAUUCCAUCAAGACAUGAACUGCGAGUUUGUGUGUACUGUUUGUAUAUACGUGUGGUGUGUCAUAUCAAUUGGUGGUGUUUUGGAUUCAUUGUGUUUACUGGUUGUUUUUGUACCUUGUUUUUAUUGCAUAAUUUUGUUAAAAUUUUCGUCGUGAUUACUUCUGAAGUUGUUUCUUGUCUUCUACAUCCGUGAAUGAAUUGAUUGAUGUUAGAGACAGCAGAUGGGUCGUAUACGCCGGGGAGGCUAGGCUAUUGCUGAGAAUGAAAUGCAUACGGAGAUAAUUAUUAGCUGCGGUCCCACACACCGGGGAGUAAGAGUCAUCGUUACUCGAAUUGAGGCAGAAUGAGUGACAAGCGAUUUCAGUGGUAAUUAGUAGUGAGUAGAUAAGAGGAUGUGCGUAGAGUAUCGUGAGGUGGUGCUAUGGUCACGUUGCAUUCUGCAAGAGUCAUUCUAGCAAGUGGCGAUUGUGUUGCAAGAGGAUGCCUUUAACUGGAAUGCGCAGGUCGUCAUUGAUGUGUGAGAUUGUGCUGUGGGUAUGCUUGUGGUGUGUUGGCUUUUCUGUUUGUUUUCCAUUUCAGCUCUGUCGGUGUAUCCCAGGUUCUCGCAAUGGCAUCCAAGUCAACGUGUAUUGGUCGUGAAGGAAAAAGUGGUUGGAUCCCUUUUUUGCCGGGGAGUGUCAAUGUAGUUUAAUAUUGAACGAUCAAUUCAUGGUUGUUUGCUCAAAACCAACUUCCCCAAUUUUCGCGGAGGCAUCAAUACGACAGUCAUCGUCUCAUCGGUCGCUGUUCAGAAAGAAGUCAGUAGCAAACCGUCAGAAGUAAUAUUGUGAUUUAUUAUUGUAAUAUUUG